CUGACAUGUCUGAGACUGAGUCUGACUGUCCCGGACCAUGCUGACCACUCUCUCUACUCUAACUCUGCUCUAGCUCUGUGCUCAGCAGCGCAAAGUCAAUUGAGCUUGCUGAGCACAGUGGGUGUCACAGAUCGGAGGUUUUGGGGAUCUAGUACUCUGGUGUCUCAGAUCGGAGGUAUGGUGACGAUUAUGUAUGGUGUCUCACAUUGCACAUUGGAGGUAGGGUGCUUGGUGUCUCAGAUCAGAGGUUCGGGAUCACAUGGUCAGGAUGGUGUCUCAGAUCGGAGGUACUAGCUACAGCACGGGAAGAAGCAUGGACCAUAUUCCAAUCGAUAUUCAUUACAAUAAGUUACUUGAUUGGUUAAUCAAUCGUCGUCACUGCAACCAGCAAUGGCAGGUGAGCGCACUCGUCAUCCGGGAGAAAAUCAAUAACGCCAUCCAGGACAUGCCUCCCGUGGAGGAGAUAACAACACUGCUGCAGGGAACGUAUAUCAACUACUUUCAUUGUCUCAGAAUCGUUGAGCUGCUCAAGGAGACAGAAGCAGGAAGUAAAAACAUUUUUGGGCGAUAUUCAUCGCAGCGCAUGAAGGAUUGGUGUGAGAUUAUCAAACUAUAUGAAAAGGAUGGCGUUUAUUUAGCUGAAGUCGCGCAGAUGUUGAUGAGGAACGUUAAUUAUGAGGUGCCUGCACUGAAGAAACAGAUCGCAAAAUGUAAACAGGUUCAGAAGGAUACGGUGAGGAAGGAGUCUGAGUACAGGAGUGGGGAGGCCGAGUAUCUGGAGAAAUAUAAUGCAGCGUGUCGACAGAUGGACAUUAAGGGAAAUAAGGUAAAAUCAGAGCUGUUAUCGUUAGUGAAACAUCUUCCUGCCGAGUUCGAUAAAAUAACGACAGCUACCAGGGACCUCAAGGAACCAGUCAACUUGUAUGAAAUGUUCAUCGAGUUCACGUUAAAAAAUUCUGAUGCAGCAUCAAGUCGCACCCCGCUCAUCAGAUACCUCCAGCAGAAGGGUAACACCUCCAUCUAUGAAUACCGCACGGGUGAGAAGCCGACCGUGAUCGACCUAGCUGAGUAUGCGGUCAGUGUGGAGGAGGAGGAGAGAGAUGACACGGAGGAAGCUGGUGAGAUUGACUGGGGCGCCAUAGACACAGCUGGUACCGACGAAGGCAUUAUCGACUUUGGGGCCGGAGAUGUUGCUGAUAUAGACUUUGGCGAUAGCAUCACGGCUGCUGAAGAUAUCGACUGGGGCGACAUUGAUACAAACGUGGAGAUUGAAGUCGAGGAGGGCGGCGUCUCCAAGGAAACGAUCGAACAGGAAGUGAUGUCAGAAGAAACAGGCGUGGCUAGAGGCGUGGAUGCGUUGACCGUUUUAGACAAUGUUGAGACCAGAAAUAAGUUCUUGGAUGAAUUAUUCGAGUUGGACGCAUUCUUCAGCCAGCGUGUAGAGGAGAUGACCAUGGAGGCUGACGUGAUCUCCAGCACACAGCUGCAGUCAGCCCCUAAUGAACUCCAAGUGGACGUAUGUCAGAUUGAGAAGCUCCAUGCCCGGGUCACUGACAUCAUAAAGAGGUUUGAUGAAGUCAAACUCCAGCAUAUGUUGUCUAUUAGAAGUUCACCCAGGUUUGUUGAUCGCUUAUCUGAAAACCUGUCCCAGCUUGUAGCACAGUCCAAGAAAUUUGCCGCCAUGCAGCGGAUAUCGGUGUCGAAGCGAGACAAUGCGCUGGAGGAGCAGAGAGCUCUGGAGCCCAAGCUGGAUAUCAUCAGGAAGAAGACGCUCGGCUUGAAGAAACAGAUUGAAUCUGAGAUCUCCAAAAAGUACAUGGAGCGCCCUGUCAAUAUCAUGGGGGAGAUAAACACCAUGUGAUGAGCUGUGAGGACAAUAUCGUGGACCGAGACUCGUGUCGUCUGUCAUCGGGAACAUUUCAAUGAUGAAAUGAUAGGACUUGUGCUUUAUGGGAAAAAAGUGGCCGAGCAGGACAAUCCAUGUACAUGUAUCUUGUUCUCCAUAGAUCUGUCAGUCACAAUCCGAAAUAACGUUUAAAGCUG